AUUGAUUCUACCAUGUGGUAACAGCUGUCUUGACUCAAUCUCGCGUUUGAUAAAAGGAUACCAAUGAUGAUGGAUAUUUUACGCUUUUCUUCUUACUGUAAACACAAGCAGCUAAGCAAAGCAAACUUGUUCCCUCGGUGUAUUUUGCUCUCUUUUGCUUCAGUCUCCCACUAUCUAUUCCCUUUCAUGGAGUCUUCUUCUUCAUCUCCUCGUCCAAUGAAGCAUCAAGUUUUCUUGAGCUUUAGAGGUGAAGACACACGCCUAAACUUCACCAGUCAUCUACUCAAAGCAUUGAAAGACACGGGCAUGAAUGUCUUCUUCGAUGAAGAAACAUUGGAAAGAGGGGAGCAAAUUUCACCGGCACUUUCAAAUGCAAUUGUGGCCUCAAAUCUCUCGAUCAUCAUUUUAUCUAAAGAUUAUGCUUCUUCCAAAUCAUGCUUGGCUGAAGUUUCUUGGAUCAUGAAAUGCAAGCGCACUCAACAACAAAUUGUUCUUCCUAUCUUUUACCAUGUUGAUCCUUCUGAUGUGCGGAACCUUGGUGGCAGUUUCAAAACAUCCUUUAUUGACCAUGAAUCAAAAAGUCUAGAUCAAGUACAACGAUGGAAAGAAGCCUUCGCUGAAGUCGGUAAAUUAAAAGGGUGGCAUAUUGAAGGUGGCAAGUUCGACAGACCUGAAACCGAGUACAUCAAGGAUAUCGUUGAAUAUGUUACAAAAAAGCUGAUGAAAGACAAAUCCGGUUUUGCUUUUGAAGAAUUUGUUGGAAUAGAUUAUCAGAAAACGACAAUCUUGGAGCUAAUUAAGCAAAAAGAUUGUCGUGUAAUAGGGCUUUGGGGAAUGGCUGGUAUAGGCAAAACUACCCUUGCUAGUGUUGUAUAUAAUGAAAUCUAUUCAAUGUUUGAUAGUUGCCGGUUUCUUCUAAAUGUUAGAGAAAAAUACAAAAACAAGGGAUGGAAUAUUUACGAGGUAGCCUUCUUUCUGAAAUAUUAAAUGAAAUAUUAAACCAAGGAAAUCAUAUAUUCACCCCCUUGAUAGGGUCCACUUUUAUCCGAGAGAGGCUCAACAAUAAAAAAGUAAUUGUUGUUCUGGAUGAUGUUGAUGAUCCAGACCUAAUAGAUUACUUGGGUGUUAAACAUUUUGGUGAUGGAAGUAAAAUCAUACUAACAUCCAGAGAUAGACAAGUUCUUAAAAUGGAGGAGCUGACAUAAUAUAUAAGAUAAAUAAGUUAGAUGAGAACAGCUCUCUCAACUUUUUUCUACAUUUGCAUUUAAGCAAUUGAACCCAACAGCUAAUUUUCGAGAUCUAUCGAACCAAUUUGUAGGAUAUGCCCAAGGCAAUCCACUUGCUCUUAAGGUUUUGGGUUCUAAACUAUACACGAAAUCUAGAAAAGAGUGGAAAAGCGAGGUGGAUAGACUAAAGGAAUAUGGCCAACCAAAAAUUUCACAAAUUUUAAAGAGCAGCUUUGAUGGGUUAGAUGAACUAGACAAGAAUUUAUUUCUCGACAUAGCAUGCUUCUUUAAAGGGAAAAUAAGAGAGAAGUAGAAAAAUUCUUUGUUCCUGGUAUAAUGGUGCAGUGUGUGGAAUAAGCAAUUUGGUGGAUAAAUGCCUACUUGAUGUCUCCCGUUUUCAAGAUAUGCUUGACAAUCUCGGACGUCGACGUUUGCAAUUUCACUCUUUAAGAGAAGAACCUCUAAUGAUUUCUAUGCAUGAUAUCCUUGAAGAGUUGGGUAAAGAUAUUGUUCGUCAAGAUGCUAUAGGCAUUGGAAACUGCAGUAGACUAUGGAGUCCUAAAGAUGUGUAUCAAGUGCUGAGAUACAAUAAAGGAACUGAAUCAAUUAGAGGAAUAAAGUUAGACAUGUCUCAAAUUGAUAACUUAAAGUUAUCUCCUGUUAUUUUUGAGAACAUGCUAAAUCUUAGAUUUAUCCACUUCUAUUUUCCUCGGAAAUUUAAGAAGUGUUGGAAUAAAAGCCUACUUGCGGACCAAGUUGAUAUCAUAUCUCUUCCUGAUGAGUUAAGAUAUCUUUCUUGGAGUUAUUAUCCAUUCAAAUCUUUAUCCUCAAGUUUUAAUCCAAAGAAUCUUGUUGUGUUGAAAUUACCAUACGGUGACAUGGAACAACUUUGGAAUGAAGAUGAUCAUCAGGAUCUUGUUAGUUUAAGGAAAUUGAUCUUACCGACUGCAAGAAUUUAAGGAAGAUUCCUAAUCUACCAGGAGCAAUCCACCUUAAAAUCCUUCACUGUUUUGGGUGUGAAAGUUUGAUUAAAUUUCCUUGCCUAACUCAUUUGGCAUCUCUUAAAAGUUUUGAUCAUCGGAGUUGUCAUAAUCUCGAGAAGAUUCCUGAAAUCCCAAGUCAUCUUAAUUCCUUGUAUUUAAAAGGAACAAGAAUAAAGGAAGUGCCUGAUUCAAUUGAACAUCUCAUCGGACUUAGAAAUUUAGAGUUGGGAAACUCAAGGGUUAAAAAUGUGUCCAACAAUAUUUCAAAGUUGGAAUCCCUCUAUUAUUUGGGUCUUAGUCAUUGUCCUAUCACCGAAUUUCCUGAAAUCCCAAGAAGCUUAUGUGUAUUGGACUUAUCAGAGACCCAAAUUGAACAAGUGUCCUUGUCUUCCGACUGUGUAAGUAAUCUUCAAAACUUAAAUAUGAGCGGCUCAAGUAUUCAAAAGCUACAGUGCAAUAUUUCCCUAUCUGGUUCAAGAGAGAUUCCAACCAUUGAUGUGCCCUCAUCAAUCUUAAGGUUUAAAAGCCUACAAACUUUGAAAUUGAAUCACUGCAAGAGCCUUAAACUACUCUUAGAGCUUCCACCACUUAUAGGGCACUUGGUUGGACAUGACUGCACAUCAUUAGAAAAGUAUCGUUCACAGAUAAAAAUCUACAACAGCACGAUUUUUUUGAUGGGAAUGAUGAGUUUUGCAUGAUGUUCUCCAAUUGCUUUAAUUUGAAUCAAGAUUCAAUUGAUAGCAUUGAGACAAAUGCCAUGUUCAAAAUUGGAUCCAUAGCAGAAAAAUGUGGAGAGCGAUAUUUUUUUCGUAGAGGAGCAUCGGUUUGCUGUUUCCCGGUUUGCUGUUUCCCGGAAACCGAAAUCUCAGCAAAUAAGUUCGAGUCCCAGAACGUGAAUUCUUCCUUAACAUUGAAGAUAGCACCAAAUGUGUGUGGUAAGAGAAGAUUCUUGGCUUUUGCUAUCUGCCUUGUGGCCGAUCUCACCCACUGUAGUCGCUUCGAAGGACUUGAAUUUACCUGUGAAUACCAACUGACAGUUUCUAGUUGUAGUGAUGGUGCUGGUGGUUAUGAAAAGUUCAAAAGUUUUCUUUAUGACGGUCGGAUUUUUAAGUCAAAGCAUAAGUACAUGGGUGAUCACGUAUUGAUUCUAUUUAAGAAUGAUAUGGUUAAAGAAGAUAAGAAUUAUGAAGAGGCAUCAUUUAAAUUCUACAUCAGAAGUUAUAGCUACAAUGAAGAGGGUGAAAAAAUAUGUCUCCAUGAUUUCAAGGUGAAGAAAUGCGGUGUUCAUGUAUUUUAUGUGGGUGCAAAGAAUUGUGCCGAUGGCAAUGUUUAAUCCAGUGAAAACUCCAACUUGAAUGAGAUGAGCAAUGAUGAAUCCGACGACAGUUUUUACUCUGCCGAAGAAGCUAUAUUUGAGGAAGCCAAUAGUGAUACACAAAAGAGGCUUUAGCUAUGAUGGAGAAGAAGGGGAUGGAGGGUCUAAAUGGUUGAAAUAAUAGUAGUAUUUCUUUUCAUAUCUGAAUCUGCUUUUCAGAAGAUUCAACUUCUCAAUGUUGCCAUCUAAAUGGACAAGGGUUUAAAGCAAUGUAGUAUAAGUUAGCCAAAACCUAGAGAUUAAAUUUUGACUUUAUAAAUUUGGUACUGCGAAGGGCAUGAAGAUGGCAGUGAUUGAUGCAAGUAAAGCAGAUGAGGGAACAGGGAGACAUGAGGGACCAUAUGGUCUUGCCAAUUUAGAAUUUAACGAAACUUCCCUUAUCUCAAAACUUGUGGAAUGAACACACGGAGCUAGAGAUUAUUCAGUGGCAACCCUAUGACAGUUUUCAUGCUCAAGCUAGAUUGGUAUAGAAUAUGUUGUCCAAGAAGUAAAUUCUCCAUAUUAAUUGAUUUGGAGGAAAACUGAAUGGCAACUGGAGAUUUCAAUACAGUAGCAAAAAGAUAUUGCUUUGGAGUUCAUAACAUAUCCAUAACGGUUUUGGGAUCAGUGGUGGACUUCAUUCAGCCACAUUGUUUAGUCUCUAACAUCGGGAAUGAAGAUGGAAAUCAUUGAUGUAAGGAAAGCAGAUGAGGAAGCCGAGUCAAUAGGGAAUAAAAGAGGAACAAAAUCUGGCAGAGAACCUGGAAUGAAGUGAUGGAGGUGGAUGUUAUUUUCAAUGCCAACCCUGUCACACUUUUCAUUCUCAAGAUGGAUGGAUGAGCUUUUAUGUUUAUCCCAUGGUGGAACCCAACAAAAACACUAUCAACUUCAAUGUCAAGUGUUGGUUACAUGGUAGACCCAUUUGACUUCUUUAUCACAUCAGAUUGGGCUGAAACUUGGAUCAAAUUUCCUUUUUCCAAGAUUAUGAGAGAUUGAACUUCAAUUUUUGUAAUUAAAAUUCCAGAGUUUUACUCUGUUUUUGGGUUGAAAGAAUGCAAUAUUGGAAUUGGUAAUCAGUGAUUUAGUGAGUAAGAAUUGAGUAUUUUAUUACGAUAA